UAGUCAUAUAUCCAUAACAUAAUUAUAGAUAGGUAAAUAAGUCUUACACAUUGAUCGGAAAGUUCAUUAGGAAAAUAAUCUUACGUUGUCAAACUAAAGUUUCAAUUUAUUUCAAAGUGACAUUAGAGUUACACCGUGAGAAGCGCUUAACUAUUUGACAGGCAUACACAAUGAGCAGACCUGAGAACGAUGUUAUAGAAUUGGACCAAAUAGAUGUGCAAAAUAACACACCGACAGAAGCUUCAAGUUCCAGCACUACAUGUGUUAACGAACCAAGCAAGAGAAGUAUCACAGAUUUUGUCAGAGAGAAAUUUACCGUUAAAGAAAAUAAAGUCCGCACUAGUUCAUUCGGUGUUGUAACAUUCGAAGAAACGAUGGUAGAACAACAAAUGGCGCCGUAUAUACGCCUUGACCCAAACUCCAACAUGGAAGAUGUAUUAACUCUACUCACAGAAUAUUGGCACCUUAGACUUCCAAAUUUAAUUAUAUCAGUCACUGGCGGUGCAGAUGGUUUAGAUCUCAAUCAAAAGGAAAAAGAAGUUUGUAAGAAAAUAGUUAUUGACGCUGUUUUGUCGACGGGCGCUUGGCUCAUCACUGGUGGAACGCAGUAUGGUGUCAUGGAUCUUGUAGGAGAAGCGAUUUGUGAGAGUGCAUGUUUCAGGGAUGACGUCAAAGUUGUUGCUCUUGGCAUCGCAACGUGGGGUGUUAUACAAAAUAACACUAUUCUUAAAAAACAAGAUGAAAUUGUUGCAUACAACAUGAAAGGUGACAAAGGAACCGACGAGGACGCUGUUUAUUCAGCUUUACUAGAACCUAACCAUUCUCACUUUCUGCUUGUGGACGAUGGUACAAAAAGCACAUUUGGUGGGGAAAUCAAGUUCCGAUCAAGACUUGAAAUGAAAUUAAUCAAACCAAAAAGCCAACGAGAAGAGUUUGAAAGAUCAAUAAUCUAUUUGGUCAUCGGUGGUGGUGUUAACACAUUAGAAACGAUCUCAAAGGCCGUUGAAAAGAACAUGCCAGUGAUUGUUAUUGAAAGUUCAGGAAGAAUUGCAGAUUUCAUUGCCACACUCAUAAUUCGUAAUAUAGACGAAAACAGGUCAGAUGUGAUUGGGAAGAUAAUGGUGGAUAUGUUUUCCCCAAAUGACAGAGAUAAUUUGGAAACUGCAGGCUACUACACGAGCAUCUAUCGAAUACUUGUGAAAAGAAACCUGAUUAACGUAUUCCAUCCAAGCAGGAAUUCAGAAUAUGAUAUCAAUAGGGCAAUUCUAGACUCACUUAUGAAAGCAAACGAUGAAAAUAUCAAGGUCAAAUUGCUACUAGCGUCAGCAUGGAACAAACAUGACAUUGCAGACGACAUCUUACCAGAGUCUGAAUUAAAGGAAUCAAGUAAAAAUGCAGUUAAGGAGGCAGUGUUACAAUCUAUUAAGAAAGACAACGAGGAGUUUUUGCUUCUCAUGCAAGAGAAAGGAAUCGAAACAGGAGCCUUAAUUGACAAGAACGAUAUAAUCCGUCUGUACAUCGAAGUUCUAACACAUCCAAUCAGCCAAGUGGAACUGUUACUGAGCAAACGCAUGAACUUGGAGAAGGUAAACAAUACAACUGACGAAACAAACCAGACUUGCCUAAGCAAAGUUGGGAAACUGAUUUCACAAUUGCUUGGUGACGACGAAUACAACCCAUAUAAAACAUCGGGGAGUGCACAAAGCUCAAAUGGAAUGUCAGAUCAACCAUCACCGGAAGUAAAAGGCAAAUUUAAUUUGGAUAUGUUUUACUUCGCCAUCUUACUGAACAGAUACAAAGUUGCGGAUUUGAUAUGGAAAAGUGUUGAUGACCCGAUAGCUGCUGCUCUACUAGCAUACAGAAUUUUGAAGGCAUUAGACGAAAUUGUUCAAGUCGAAGCAGAGGCCGAACUAUCGGAUGCCUUAAGAAGCCAAGCACUGACGUAUCAAGACAGAGCAUAUGAUCUGUUGUCUGAAUGUCAUGAACGAAACAAGAAUUUAACUCACCAACUGUUGGUACGGUCGCUUGAGAAACCAUUACAAAAUCACACUUUGCUAUCCUUCGCUGAAUCAAAUGGUCUUAUGAAAUUCAUGGGUCACACAAGUUGUCAAACGAAACUAAGUGAAAUUUGGAGAGGUCACAUGGCCUUGCAUACACAAUGGUGGAAAAUCGCAGUCGGCAUAGUAUUUCCAUUUUUAUUUGUUAUCGGCAAAACCAAAAUACAGUUCACAACCAGGAAAAGUAUUUGGUCUAGUGGAACUGAAGAGGAAGACGUUGAAGACAAAUAUAAAACUCACAAAACGCUCGACAGGAGGCUUUACGACGUCGAUUUAUGUGGAGCGCAUGAAACUACUGCUAUGAAGGAUGCGCUGUUCUACUUCUACUCAGCACCAGUUACCCUCUUCGCUUUGAACACUAUAUCGUACAUUAUGUUGCUGCUGGUGUUUUCCUACUUUGUUGUCGUGGAACUGCAAGAGAAUAUCACAGCGGUCGAAAUUUUUGUUUGGCUCUGGAUGACGACACUUCUAGCUGACGAAAUGCGACAGUUGCUAUCAGAAAAAAAGCCGGGUAUUUGGAAAAAGGCUGUUCAAUGGUUCAAGACGAAAUGGAACAGCGUGGACCUAUUGAUGUAUAUCCUGUUCAUCCUUUCUAUAAUUCUGAGAACUACACUAACCGGAGCUUCAUUUCGAUCAGCUCGGGAUUUAUACAGUGUGACACUCGCAGUCUUUUACUUACGACUUCUGCAGUAUUUCUAUGUAUCAAGGGGAAUAGGUCCGAAAAUAAUAAUGAUCAAAAAGAUGCUGCUUGACUUACUCGACUUUCUGCCAAUACUCCUGGUUUUCAUGGUAAGCGUCGGAAUAAUGUACCAGGCCAAUUUGUUUCCGAAUACACAAUUAUCAUGGAAACUACUGCAGAGUGUAUUACUAAUACCAUAUAGACAGAUAUUUGGAGAUAUUGCCUCUGAUUAUCUUGAAGGCGAUGCGUCUUCAUCCUGUGUCAACAAUGACAGCAGUUUGUCUCCAAACGAUACGAGUGAAAAAUGCCCGCAACAAAACUGGAUUAUUCCCCUCUUUGGUGCAGCUUACCUGUUGCUGACAAAUAUCCUGCUAGUGAAUCUUUUGAUAGCCAAGUUCAGCUACACAUUUCAGUCGGUUCAAAAUAAUGCCAAUGAAGUCUGGCAGUUCUAUCGGUACAGUAUCGUAACCGAAUAUUCCAGAAGACCAAUUCUCCCUCCGCCAUUCAAUGUCAUUGCCCUUGCUUACAGGACCACGCACUUUGUGUGUAAUCGAAUGAAAGAAGGACAUAAUUCUGAAUGUGAGUUAAUAACUAGUUGA